CCCCUCUGCAACAGGAAGCUGGUGAGAAGCGUGCGGGGCCCAGCUGUCCCCAGCUGUCCCCAGUACCCGCCGUGUGCUAGUGACCGGUGGGAGGCCGCCCUGGUCAGCACGGGUCUCUGCUGUGGCCCCAGAGCCCGUCCUUCCGCCCCACGCAGCUCCUGCAGGGCCACAAGCAGGUGCCCGUCUGGCUCCCAGGGUGGCGGGCGCAGGACUAGGGGGCACGCAGGGGAGUGGCCGGCUGCCCGCGAGCCCGGGACCCCAGGCAGGAGGCUGUGUCCGGCCCCCUGCCCGGGGCUGCUGCCGGCUGAGGCCUCUGAGCAAGACCCGACCAGCCUCCGCCGCUGGUGCCCGAGGAGCAUGUGGGGGACACGUCCACCCACAGGAGGCGGGCCUUCCCCGGGUGGCCCUUCUGUCCUGCUGGUCAGGUGCGCAGGGCAGGGCCUGACCCCACUAGUGGGAGGAAGCGAGGUCACCUUGACACGUCACCCGAGCUUUCCGGGGAGAGCCGGGAUGCUGUGGCUGCGGGCCCCUGGACACUGCCAUUGAGUGACCCCAGGGCUUGGCGUCCUUCCUGGAGACCCUCAGAGUCCUUGGCCCUGGGCUGCCCGGGAGGUGGGCUGUGGACCGAGGUCUCCGCAGGCCCUUCCCUGCCCGGGGUGGGGCCACCAGGGCAUGUGGAGGGAGGUGGCGGCCCUCGCCGGGGCGGUCACCAAGGCCAGCCCUACGUGGGCUCUCUGUCCACUCCGCCAGCGUGGGCUGAGCCCCUGGACACUAUCAAGGUCGCCGCCAAGGGACGGGGAGCCUCCCUGGCAGGCUGGCCGAGGGAGAUUCCAGCUGACCCGAAGCCACUCUCCGAGGGCGACCUGACCGGCAGGGAGUGGACAGCCGGUGCCGGCGGUCCCCAGAACGAGGCUGGCUGUCACAGUGGCCUUUGUUCCUUGCUCCUGGGCUCUGUCCUUGGCCCAGGACCUGCCGGGAGCCUUCGGAGGCUCGGGCCGCUGACCCUCCCGGCGGCCUCUGCGCCUGGACUUGUGGGGACGAGUGUCGUGCUGUGGAGCAAGAGGAGGCGACGGAGGCGCCCGGGCAUGUGGCCAGCGCCUGGCCAUGGUGGUCACGCAGCUGAACCUGGAGUUCCGCUUCCAGGGCCAGAAGCUGCGAGGCUUCAGCUGUGAGCUCACGCGGUCCCCCCACGGGGUGCCCCUCGAGACCCCCCUCUCCACGGCGUGCCAGGUCACCGUGCCCAUCCUGCUGUCGGGCCUGGGCAUGAUGGCCGCGGGCCUGCUGAUGAACGCCGUCCAGCACUGGCCCGUGUUCCUGGAGGUGAAGGACCUGCUGACGCUGGUGCCACCCCUCGUGGGGCUGAAGGGGAACCUAGAAAUGACGCUGGCCUCGCGGCUCUCCACUGCCGCCAACACCGGGCAGAUCGACAGCCCCCAGGAGAGACACCGCGUCAUCAGCAGCAACCUCGCCCUGGUCCAGUUGCAGGCCACCGUCGUGGGGCUCCUGGCUGCCGUGGCCGCCCUGCUGCUGGGCGCUGUGACGAGGCAGGAGGUGGCCGUGGCCCGGGUGGCCCUGCUGUGCGCCAGCAGCGUCAUCACCGCCUUCCUGGCGGCCUUCGCCCUCGGCGUGCUCAUGGCCUGCAUAGUGAUCGGCGCGCGGAGGCUGGGCGUCAACCCCGACAACAUCGCCACACCCAUCGCGGCCAGCCUGGGGGACCUCAUCACGCUGUCCAUCCUGGCCGUGGUCAGCAGCUUCUUCUAUAAACACACAGACAGCUGGCUGCUGGCCCCGCUGGUCUGCCUGGGCUUCGUGGCCCUGGCCCCGCUGUGGGUCGUCCUGGCCAAGCGCAACCCGCCCAUCGCCAGGGUGCUGAGGCUCGGCUGGCCGCCCAUCAUCCUGGCCAUGGUCAUCAGCAGCUUCGGGGGCCUCAUCCUGAGCAGGACGCUGUCGGAGCAGCGGUACGGUGGCAUGGCCGUGCUCACCCCCGUCAUCUGCGGCGUCGGUGGCAACCUGGUGGCCAUCCAGAGCAGCCGGAUCUCCACCUACCUGCACGUCCGCAGCACGCCCGGGGUGCUGCCCCUGCCCAUGAAGGGCUUGUGGCCCCGGCCCUGGGCCACCUUCUGCAGCCCAGAGAUCAACUCCACGUCGGCCCGCGUGCUGCUCCUGCUGGUGGUGCCCGGCCACCUGCUGUUCUUCUUCGUCAUCCGCCUGGUGGAGGGGCCGGCGGUGGCCAGCAGCAGGACCUUCUUGCUGCUGUACCUGCUGGCCGGCCUGCUCCAGGUGAGGACACUGACCAGCUCGCUGGCUCAGGCCGCCGGCUUUGUCCCCUGCCCUCGGGAGCCGCUGUGCAGUGGCAGUGUCCAUGGCUCAGAGGACAGGGCAGCCUGGCCCGCCCGCCCGGGGUGCUGCAAAAGACAUGCGCGGCUCCUGGUCAGGGCUGGUGGCCUGGAGGACGGUGGCGUGUGGAUUUGCCCUGGAAGGUUCUGGAAGGGCUAAGUGGCCGGUGCUGCAGGGCAGAGUGUGCACGUAGACCCCAGUGGGGGGCCCAGUGGGGUCUCAGGAACCGAGCUGAGGCAGCAGGGGGGUGGCAGCAGGUCUGUGUGGCACUGCUGGAGGCCAGAGCAGGAAAGGGCCCCCAGGAGGGACAGAGGAGGGUGGCCUCCUCUAGCCAGAGCAGCCGCCGGGCUGCGGAGCGGCCUGUCCCGUGUUGCCGGAAACUUCUAAAAAGGGGCAUUUGAGCCGGGCACCCACUGCCGUCCCAGCGGCCCGGGAGGCUGAGGCAGGAGGAUCUCGGGGAGUG